AGUUACUACAACGAUUUCAAGACCUACGGACGUUUUACACGGCGUUCGUAGCGCGCGCUGCAAUUAAGUAACGUUUUCACACACAAGCAACUCAAAGCAUAAAAUAGAACAAAAAAAAAAAAUAUAAUAAAAUAAAAUAUAAAAUACAACAGAAACCAAACACAACAACUACAACAACAACAAAUUAAACCAACUGCAACAACAACCACAAGAUAAACAAAUAGACAUAGGAGAACAAUAGUAAAAAGCAAAAAAUAUAAAAAAACAACAACAACAACAAAACCUAAUUGUAAUCAAACUAAAAACGUAUUACACAACUCGCCAACUCUCGCCCAUCGUACAAACAACAACAACAACUGCAACAAGAGCAACAGCAACUACAACAACAACGACUACUACGUCAAUCAACAUAAUAGUUCGCUUGAUAUAUUUCUUAUGAACAUCGCUACACACUGCUUUUGAGAACCCAAUAGUAAAACAAUAAAGAAAAAAACAAACAAGAAUUUGCCAAAAAAAAAACAGUGAAAUACAAUAGAUAAAAGACAAAAUACACAAGAAACCACAACAGCGUAGAUAAGAGAACUAGACAACAAAUUAAAUGUAAACAAAUAUCGAUGCCAUUGAAGAACGGAAAGAGGAUGUGUGUUAUGUAUGUCUAAAGAUUGUGCAGAUGCCUCAAGAUAAGAAGAGCAACUCAAAAAAAUAAAACACAACUCGAACUCAACUCAACUGAACUCAACUCAACUCAACUCAAAUGCUAUAUAGUAGGGGAUAUAUAGCAAUCGUAUCUAGAUAACUACGCUUAUAACGUCAACAAAACGGGGAACAUAAAUUCAAAGGGAUAACACGAAAAACAUUUCUCAUUCAACACUGAGAAACUAUUCAAUAAACAUAUUCAAAUACCAAAUCGUGCAUACACACAAAACUACAAAAAAAUAAAAACAAUUUACAAGAAAAACCCAAAAAAAAAAACAACAACUGUAUAACAAGAAAUACACAUUGUUAAUUCUCUACACAAACAAACAACAACCACAACAACAACAACAUCUGAUAUAGAGAUUCGAAAAGUAUUCCAAAUUAUCAAUCAUAGUUCGGAUGAUAAGUCCAAGUGAAACGUUCUUUCCACCACAGGCAAUACACUAACAACAAGCUAGAGCAAGAUAGCAACAAGAGCAAUAAAGUGCAGCCAUAAAACCGUUAUACAUUUUGUGAGUCAACAAGCGUGCGAAACAGUGGGAGAGAGCGAGAGAGACGACGAGAGACGAAGAGAGAAGAGUGUGCAAGUGCUGCCAAAAUGCAUAUUGAAAUACAGGUUGCGUUGAACUUUGUCAUUUCGUAUCUGUACAACAAAUUGCCCCGCCGAAGAGUGAACAUUUUUGGCGAGGAAUUGGAGAAGGCGUUGCGGGAUAAAUUUCAAGGACACUGGUACCCCGAGAAGCCCUUCAAGGGUUCGGCGUAUCGCUGUCUGAAAACUGGCGAUCCCAUCGAUUCGGUGUUGGCGCGAGCGGCGCGAGAAAGCGGAGUUCCGAUCAGCGAUAUACUCGAGAAUCUGCCCAAUGAGCUCUCCGUCUGGGUUGAUCCCGGCGAGGUUUCCUAUCGCAUUGGCGAAAAGGGUGCCGUAAAGAUACUCUACACGGAGAACAAUGAGAAUCAUGAGGAUAGCCAUUCGGCGGAUCGGGAGGUGAGGAAGACGUUCAAUCCGGAGGCGCAAUGCUUUCGUCCCAUCGAUGCGGUCAACACGACCAUGAACAAUUUGAGCUUAAGCCCCAAGGAAUUGCCAUUGCCAGCAUCGGCAACUGGGGCAACAACCACAACUGGUGGAGCCAAUGGCGCCAUUGGCGCAACUGCAGCCGGAGGAGGAGGAGUAGUAGCUGGUGCAGCAGCUGUAGGAGGAGGAGGAGGAGGAAGUGCAGCCACAACGAUGCCCACAUUGCCACCAUUGCCAGCAACGGCUGCCACAGCAUCGGGUUCAUCGCCACACUCGACUGCUGGAGCUGCGCAAGCUGGAUCAUCGAGCUCGCCCACCGCCUAUGCCAAGGGCAGUCCCAAUCCCAAUCCCCAUCCCCAUCCACAUGGGCAUCCUCAUCCCCAUCCCCAUUCGCAUUCGCAUCAGCAUCAACAUCAGCAUCAGCAUGGACAUCAACAUGCACAACAUCCCCAUCCACAUAGCCACAAUCACAAUCCCCAUGGACAUGGUCAUGCGAAUGCCAAUGGCAGCGGCUCUAGCGGCGGCAGUUUGGCUGGUAGCAAUAAUAAUGCGUCUGCCGCUGCUGCCGCCGCUACAGCCGCCGCCUUUGUGCAGCGUGCCGCUCAAGCGCCGUUAACAUUCACCACGGCCACCUUCGCCCAGACCAAGUUCGGCAGCACCAAGCUCAAGACGAGCUCCAAGCGCACCAACAGCAGCUCGUAUCGCAUGUCGCCCACUGAGUUCUCCAACUACAUCAAGCAGCGAGCGAUGCAACAGCAACUGCAUCACGGACACGGAGGAAACUCCUCAGUUGCCGCCUUUGGAGCCUUGGAUGCAGUUUCUCCGGCUCGUUCGCUUUCACCCAAUCCGUUGGCAUUGGGCGCUGGCAAUGCGGUAGCAGGCAAUGGGGCAGGAGUGGGAGUGGGAGGAGGAGGAGCAUCGACAGCCGCAUCGACUGCUGCUGAUCCAUUCUAUUAUCCGAACAUGGCGAUGGGAUUGUACCCCCCCUACAACGGACAGCGUAAUCUGUAUGAGCCGCCGCACUUUAAUGCCGAUCCCGCUGGCUUGGGAUUGUUUGGAAGCGCCGCAGCUGCCGGCAAUAAUAGCUACAGUACUUAUCUGGAACCUUGCUACUUUGGCAACACUCCACACAACCAGCAACAGCAGCAACAACAGCAGCAACAACAGCAAUUGGAGCACGCCAACAGCAGCGAGAGUUGCUUCGGUUUGGUUGCCGGAGAUGCCGGAGAGUGCAGCGUGGAUGAGACCGUUGCCAACGCAGCUGGUGGCGCAGUGAAUGGCGAAUCAUCAGCAGAGGAUAGCAGUCCAAUUGCCACGCCCACAGCUGGCGUUGUCGCUGAUUCAGUCGGAGCAACAACAACAACAACUAAUUCCAGCUCCGUUUCCGUAUCCACUUCGGGUUCCAUCUCCUCGAAUGUUGCCACUGUGAAUGGUGGAGCAACAGCCACAGCUGGAGGCAACACUCAGCAGCAGCAGCAGCAGCAGGCAGAUGCAACUGUUGCUGGCGUUGCUGCAACCACCAGCAGCAACACCAACAAUAAUAACAAUAAUAAUGCCACUAACAACAGCAACAACAACAAGCUCAUCGAUGGUCUCAGCUCGUUUUACGGCAGCGGUUCGACUUAUCAGCAAUUGUUGGUCGCCAAUUAAAUUUGAAGAAAAGGCGAAGGAAGCAGCAAAAAUGCAGUUAUCAACAACAAGCAACAAAAAAAAAAAAAAAACGAUAUAAUUAAAUAAACAAUGCGUACUCAUCAUACGAUUAACAUAGCAGACAGACAACAACAAAAAGAAAUAUACGCAAAGCAAAAAAAAAAAAAAAAAAGUUAGUCUAUAUAUUAAUAAUAGUAUGUGUAUGAAAACAGAAAAGUUAUAGUUAGGCACACAUAUGAUUUAUGAUUUGUUAUAUCCGAAACCGAAAUCGAUAUCGAAACCUAAACUUGAUGCAGCGCUUUAAGUCUUAACGGAUUGUACAUAUUUUAUAGGCAUAUAUAUAUGUGGUUUAUUCUAUAUGUAUAUGUGGCCCUAGGCAUACACAAAAAAACAACAAAAAAAAAAAACAUAAACAUACAUACAUGCAUACAAAAAAUAGUGGAAACUAAAGAAAAAUAUCUCUAUUCAUGUUUAAAAAACUGGACAACAACGUUUUUUUUUUUAGAACUUUCUAAGCUAAUUGUUUUUUUCAAAAUUGUUAUACGAAUAUAUUUAGAAGAAAACUAAAAAGAUAAAAAGAGAACUUACGACGAUAAUAAUAGCAAAAUAAUCCAAAAACAUUGGAUAAUCCCUGAUCAUUAAGUUUCUUGUUUUUUUUUUUAUUUUGUAUUUUUUUAAUUAGUUGAUUUUGAUAUAAAAGAACAAAAAGAGGAAAAAGUUAAUCACAUUGGAUUGAAUUUUGCAUACCCUUAAAUUUUCGAAAUGAGUGCAGUAGAUAAUAAUACUGCAUAUACUAUAUAAUACUUAAUAUACUAAAUCUAGUAUAAAAAUCGAAUGUAAAGAAGUAGGAAGCUGAAAGCAGGUCCGUCCGUUCCAAUCCCGUAGAAAUCAAAUAAAAAAAAAAAACUAUCGUCGGCA